CAGCCUCAUAAUUUAGACCCACAGUUGACGGAAGAGCAGUCGAAGAGCACCCAACCCUCGUUCGGGCCACCACUCCGCCCUCACAACAAACGACAAGAAAAGGCAACGGCAAGACGCAACAAUCACAACCAUGGACAAGAACAACAAAGCUGCUCAACAACGGGAUUCCAGCGGCAACUCAGAUCAUAGCUGGAGACCAACCUCAGUGAAGCUAACUGUCGCCACCUCCUUGGAAGAUGACACACCCAUUCAAGUAAAUUUGAUCGAAACAAUGGAACACAAAGACAAGGGAGAUGGAUACAAACAUAAUGUGAAAAACUCUCCUUCCUUGAGUGCCUACUGGCUUCCCAGUAAAUUCAAUCAUGCGAGCAGCGAAUUCAUCAAGAAACACCUCAUGCCUCACUUUGGUGUUUCCUGCCUCCAUGCCGGAUUCAAGAUCAAGAAUAAAGGGUGGGAAAAGAAGAAAGGAUGCCUCACGAUUGUCUGCCCAAGACACAGAUAUUACAGUCCAAAACAUUGUGAGGAGAGCAAGAGACGAUCCACCGUAUAUCCUAUCAGAGGAGUGGACAAGGUUUGUCCCUUUCAUUUUCAAGUCUUUUUCAAUUCCAAACAAUCUCGCUGGUACAUUCCACGACGGCAAGGAGGAAAGAUCACCCACGUGGGUCAUUUCAUUUUGGGUCCGGACCAAGUGUUACAAACCAAGGAGGAGCUUUCCAACCUACUCGACUACAUGGGAGCCUACAAUGCCAUGUUACCCAAUUACUGGGAGUGUACCAAGAACAUCCAGACGGGAGAGCAACUGAAAAUCUUGAGCGAUGCCUUGUCCCAAGCACACAAAGAUAUCAUGGCUGCCUCCGGCGAUGUAGCCAGCACCGGUAUGGUGAGCCUACCAACAGAGAGUGACGAACGAACAGCCCAAAAGAGAAAGACCCCAUACAAGUCUGGAGAAGAAGCAAGCGCCCAAGUACUAGCUAGUAAAUUCCAAAGGAAGUAGCUACAAAAGCUACCAGGAGGGAGCGGGAAAAUAAAUGACAGCAAAACCCCUGUGUGGCUGACAAGGCAGCAAGUCGAACAUUCCAACGAAAGACAGUUGGCGCCUCCUCUCCUGGCUAGCUAGACUAGCUAGAACUAUUCAAAAGAGGAUUUGUGAUCAUCUACAUUGUAUCUGAUCUGGCUGCUACUAAUUGCUGCCGGAGGUCUGGUACCGGUGGCAAUGCCUGACCGGCUCAAGCUGGGUGCGUUCAACUUCCAAAUUUUGGGCUCUUCGAGAAUGUUCCGAAUAGAUUUG